GGCCACGGCCGAAGCGGCGGCCGCGCCGGAGCCUGCGCACUGGGGCCCCAGCGCCGCCAGCGGCUCCGGGCUCGGCUGCUCGGAAGAUGGCGGACCGUGCCGGCGCCGGCAGUAGCACAUCCCUGAGGGGGAUGCGGGAACGGAUGGUUGCUGCUGCUCAUGCCAUUGCUGAAGAAAGACGGAGUCAGAGUGGCUUCAGCUCUUUUCCAUCCCAAUCCUCAAAUAUAAGAUCAGCAUUUAAACCAGUGAUAGAUGGAUCUGUCCUUAAAAAUGAUAUGAAACAAAGGUUAGCAAAAGAGCGCAGGGAGGAGAAGAAAAGACAGCAAGAUGCUAAUAAAGAAAUGCAACUACUUGAAAAAGAAAGAAAGUCCAAAAUCCAGUAUGAAAAACAGAUGGAAGAAAAACAGCGGAAGCUGAGAGAACAAAAAGAAAAGGAUGAACAGCGGAGAAUAUCCGCAGAAGAAAAAAGAAAACAAAAAUUACAGGAAGAAAGGGAGAAAUUCAGAGCCGUUCUUUAUCGCACGUUGGAACGGAGCAACCGUGUCGAUCAUCGUCAAAAAAGAUGGUCAUGGGAAGGGUCUAUGACAGUGAACUCUGACAGUAAAACUGCCAAUAGACGUUCUAUAUCUACUGAAAAACUUGAACAGGAGACUUCCGGUUUACACAAACAAAUGUCUACAUCAUCUGCAGGUCUUCAAAUUUCUGUUGUCAAGAAAAAAACAGAAAAGAGGAGAAGCUCAUCCUUGAAUAGAAGAGAUAGCAAAGUAAAUUCAUCUACAGAAACAGAACAAGUAGAAGAAAAACCAGUUGCUCGUCAGCUGUACACCAAUGUUCGGGAGAAUAAUUUAAUCACACGCCUGCUCGCCCCAACAAAAGCAUCAAUAGCCAGGAGCAAAAGUGCUGCUUCAUUAUCAAUCCCUGGAAAAGAUACUCCAGGUGUCCACAAUGCGUUAAUCCAGUAUAUACACGUGCCCUUGCAUAGCCAUAGCAGUGAUGAAUUGAAGAAUACCAUAGUGCUUCCCAAGUUAACAGGGGCAACUCCUUCCCAGGAGAAUGUAGAAACACCUUCUGAGGUGAGCCUGGAAGCACCCCCUAAGGCAAGCGUGGAAGUGUUCCCUAAGACAAGCUUGGAAGCGGCCCCUAAGGUGAGUGUGGAAGCACCCCUCGAUGUGAGCACGGGAACACCCCCCGAAGCGAGUGUUGAAGCUCCCCCCAAGGCGAGCAUGGAAGCAACUCCAGAGGCAAGCAUGGAAGCAAGCCCCGAGGCAAGUGUGGAAGCAUCCCCUGAGAGUGUGGAAUCACCUGAGGUGAGCUUGGAAUCACCUGAGGUGAGUGUGGAUUCGUCCCUGGAGGUGAGCGUGGAUCCGUCCCCCGAAGUGAGCAUGGACUCAUCCCUCGAGGUGAGUGUGGAAGUAUCUUCUGAGGCAAGUGUGGAAGCAUCCCCUGAGGCUAGCGUGGAAGUAUCCCCCAAGACUAGUGUGGAAGCCCUCCCCAAGUUAAGCAUGGGAAUGUCAUCUGAGGCAAGCGUGGAAGUGUCCCCUGAGGCUAGUGUGGAAGCCCUCCCCAAGGCAAGCAUGGAAGCAUCAUCUGAGGCUAGCAUGGAAGCCCUACCCAAGACGAGCAUGGAAGUGUCACCUGAGGCAAGCGUGGAUGCGUCACCUGAGGCAAGCGUGGAAGUGUCCCCUGAGGCUAGUGUGGAAGCUCUCCCCAAGACAAGCAUGGAAAUGUCUCCUGAGGCAAGCGUGGAUGCGUCACCUGAGGCAAGCGUGGAAGUGUCCCCUGAGGCUAGUGUGGAAGCUCUCCCCAAGACAAGCAUGGAAAUGUCCCCUGAGGCUAGCAUGGAAGCCCUACCCAAGACAAGCAUGGAAGUGUCACCUGAGGCAAACGUGGAUGCGUCACCUGAGGCAAGCAUGGAAGUGUCCCCUGAGGCUAGUGUGGAAGCUCUCCCCAAGACAAGCAUGGAAAUGUCCCCUGAGGCAAGCGUGGAUGCGUCACCUGAGGCAAGCGUGGAAGUGUCCCCUGAGGCUAGUGUGGAAGCUCUCCCCAAGACAAGCAUGGAAAUGUCCCCUGAGGCUAGCAUGGAAGCCCUACCCAAGACGAGCAUGGAAGUGUCACCUGAGGCAAGCGUGGAAGUGUCCCCUGAGGCUAGUGUGGAAGCCCUACCCAAGACGAGCAUGGAAGUGUCACCUGAGGCAAGCGUGGAUGCAUCACCUGAGGCAAGUGUGGAAGCGUCCCCUGAGGCUAGUGUGGAAGCCCUCCCCAAGGCAAGCAUGGAAGCAUCAUCUGAGGCUAGCAUGGAAGCCCUACCCAAGACGAGCAUGGAAGUGUCACCUGAGGCAAGCGUGGGUGCAUCAUCUGAGGCAAGCGUGGAAGCGUCCCCUGAGGCUAGUGUGGAAGCCCUCCCCAAGGCUAGCAUGGAAGCGCUCUCCAAGGCGAGUGUGGAAGCGCCCCCAGAGGUGAGCGUGGAAACAUCUUCCAAAGUGAAAGUGAGAGACUCUCCACAGAAAUCACAAGUGGACAAACAAGCCUCAAACUCUGUUACCAAGAAGCGCCCAUCAUCGCACGUACUGUGUUACAGAAGGUCAUCUCCUGCAAGUGGGUUGCAUCCGCUCCCUCCUGUCAGUGCUAAGCAAGUUCAAAAGAAUCGCCCCCCAUCACCUUCACUCAUCAUGUCAAAGCAAUCAGGACAAUCUUCUCCUUCCUCUAAAAUAAUUCCUGUUCAACGUACCCUAAUUGCACAAAAUGCAUUAAAUACUACGGGAAGGAAAAGAGAAGCAAUUUCUAAAACCACUAACAGCUCUGAGGCUAUAAGCCAAAAGCAUAUGACCUAUGAAGAGUCUGGUAAUAAAAGCACACCAGGGACUAUGAAUGCUGAGGAGGCAACAAAAAUCUUGGCAGAAAAACGACGCCUUGCUCGUGAACAAAGAGAAAAAGAAGAAGAAAGACUACAAAAAGAAAUGGAGCAAAGAAAGGUGAAAGAUGUGGCAAAGACAGCAGUUGAAGGCCAAGAAGAAGAGUUCUCAAAAUCUAAAGGUGGGCAACCACAAAAGGAGAUAAAAAAGAAGAAAGGAUGUCAGGAUCAAGACCAGGAAGUGCUACUACAGAAAGGCGAUGCCAAAAUAAAAGCUCAGGAGGAGGCUGACAAACGCAAGAAGGAGCACGAGAGGAUUAUGUUACAGAAUAUGCAAGAGAGAUUAGAAAGAAAAAAGAGAAUUGAGGAAAUUAUGAAGCGGACAAGAAAGACAGAUUCGAAUGCCUCAAAGGCUGCAGAAACAUCUGGCAAUGACAUGUAUGAGGAGGACGAGGCAGAUGAUGAGGACGAGUCAGAAAGUGACGAGGAUUCCUCCGAAGACGUGAAUCCGUCAGACUUUAUAAAUGGCAUGGAUUCAUCCACAAAACUCAAAACACGUUUUAAAAAUGUGAAGAAAACUCCCAAGCUGGUGGUUUUAGACGCCACUUCUGGCCAAGUCCAUCAAGAGACAAAAACAUGUUUUAACGGCGACAUGAAAACCUUUGGACAAAAAAAUGUGCAAGACCCUUUGACUCAGGAAAAGGGUACCAGGAUUCUAACCAAAACAUCUCUUUCCGGACUGUCCACCAAAAGAAUGACCAGCCGAGCAGCAAAAACUGGAAAGGCGAAGGAAACCAGCAACACUGUGGGACCUUCCAGGAGUUUACAUUUGCCAGCACAGGAAUGGGUCGGUGAGAAGAUUGACAUCGUAAGCAUGGCAGAGCCUCUUAUGUCCAGUAUCCCUCCUGGUAGUGAAAAACAUCAUCUGAAAGGUUCCAUGACAUUCCACCAAAGUCCCCAGACACCUUUAGACAGCAAGAAAAGAAACAAAUCUGUUUCUGCUCCAUCGGAUAAGUAGACCUCAUGCUGCCUGGGAGAGAAUUCAUCCUCCACCACUCUGGAUUUCAACUUCCAGGCCCAUCUCCCCAAAUUUCUCCACCUCGGAUUUGAACAUGGCAAAGAAAAUGACCAUCAAAAAAAGGGAAAACACCAAAAAGGCACCUUAACGUAUCUCAGAAGAUGCUCAUACCAUCUUGACUCUUGCUGACAAGCAAGGGUUCUGAGUAAAGAGGCCUUUUUGUCUUCCUAUAAAAAUUGCCAUUGUCUCUCAUUCUUACGUUGUCCUGACCACACGUGUGCAAGUGUGCAUCCAGGGCGUCUUUACAAGAUGGUAACUCUGGAGUUUCUAAAAGAAUCGCUACCAAAGAAAUCAUUUUCUUUCCGUACAUAUUUGAAAUCUUAAACUAAUGUUUAUUCUAUUUAACAGUUACAUUAAUUUAGCAAUUAAAAACUCACCUUUGAUCUUGUAGAGAGCAUAAUGGGUUACGUGAGGGACUCCAGAUUGCUCACGAGAGCCUUGUUGGAUUGUCUGUAAUAUACAAAUACAGACGGUUGCAAAAUAGAGGAAAUCACAUUUUACCAUUAUCUGUGUAUGCUUUUAACUCUGCCAUCGUCUGCCAGCCGAGUGCACAGGCACUGAUGCCCCAAAUGCGGGUAGUUCUAGAAACCGUGAUCUUGGAACAGUUAGCUUCUUUCAUGCUCUUGUCAGUGUUUCCUUUCGAAGUAUGUAUUGGCUCUAUCUACAAAAACGUUAUUUUUAUUGUGUGCAUAAAGCAGUAUUUGGC